UUCUUCUCAUUUGGGACUGGCACAAACACAAGCAAAAUGUCUGGUUUUGAGGGUGUUGUUGUUUCUGAUCCAUGGCUUCAAAGCCAAUUCACUCAAGUUGAGCUUCGUGGCCUCAAAUCCCAUUUUCUUUCAGCAAGGAACCAAUCUGGUAAAGUCACGUUGGGAGAUUUGCCUCCAGUGAUGAUGAAAUUAAGGGGUUUGAGUGAAAUCUUUAACGAGACGCAGGUAAGGACUAUCUUGGGGGAGUCUUCUUCUGACAUGAGCCAAGAAAUUGAUUUUGAAUCCUUCCUUCGGGCAUGCCUGAAUUUACAAGCAAGAGGAACAGCAAAAGCUGGUGGACCGAAAUUGAAAAGUUCAACUUCAUUUCUCAAGGCUACCACAACAACCCUCCGCCACACCAUUAGUGAAUCCGAGAAGGCCUCUUUUGUUGCCCACAUUAACAGCUUCCUCAGAGAAGAUCCAUUCUUGAAGGAAUAUCUUCCUCUAGACCCAUCUAACAAUGCUUUAUUUGAUCUUGCAAAGGAUGGAGUUCUUCUCUGUAAGCUCAUCAAUGUUGCUGUCCCUGGUACAAUAGAUGAGCGAGCUAUCAACACCAAACGGGUCCUUAAUCCAUGGGAGAGGAAUGAGAAUCACACUCUUUGCCUCAAUUCUGCGAAGGCUAUAGGCUGCACUGUGGUUAAUAUUGGCACACAGGACUUAAUUGAAGCAAGACCACAUCUGGUAGUGGGGUUGAUUUCUCAAAUAAUCAAGAUUCAACUGUUAGCUGAUCUCAAUUUAAAGAAAACUCCUCAACUGGUGGAAUUGGUGGAUGACAGCAAGGAUGUUGAGGAACUCAUGAGUUUACCUCCCGAGAAGGUUUUACUCAAAUGGAUGAAUUUCCAACUGAAGAAAGCAGGCUACAAGAAACAGGUUACAAAUUUUUCAUCUGAUCUGAAGGAUGGUGAAGCCUAUGCUCAUUUGCUCAAUGUGCUUGCACCAGAACAUGGUAGUGCCACCACGCUGGAUGCUAUGGAUCCUAAUCGAAGAGCAAAUAUGAUUAUUGAGCAUGCAGAGAAAAUGGAUUGCAAAAACUAUGUCACUCCAAAGGACAUUGUUGAGGGAUCACCAAAUCUAAAUCUUGCAUUUGUUGCUCAAAUAUUCCAGCAUAGGAAUGGCUUAUCCACAGACAGCCAAAAGAUUUCUUUUGCUGAGAUGAUGACAGAUGAUGUUCAAACUUCUAGGGAAGAGAGAUGCUUUCGAUUAUGGAUUAACAGUCUUGGAAUUGAUUCAUGUGUCAAUAAUCUGUUUGAGGAUGUCAGAGCAGGAUGGAUUAUAUUGGAAAUUCUUGACAAAGUUUCUCCAGGAUCAGUGAACUGGAAGCAUGCAACCAAACCUCCCAUCAAGAUGCCUUUCAAAAAAGUUGAGAAUUGCAACCAAGUCAUAAAGAUUGGAAAGGAAUUAAACUUCUCUCUUGUGAACGUAGCUGGAAAUGAUUUUGUACAAGGAAACAAGAAGCUCAUACUGGCUUUUCUAUGGCAGUUGAUGAGGUUUACGAUGCUCCAACUCCUGAAAAACUUAAAGUCUCGCUCCCGCUCCUGGGGAAAGGAGGUAACGGAUAAUGACAUUCUAAAUUGGGCAAACAACAAAGUGAAGAGCUCAGGCAGAGCAUCUCAAAUGGAGAGCUUUAAGGAUAAAAACCUUUCAAAUGGGAUUUUCUUCCUAGAACUUCUUAGUGCUGUGGAGCCGAGAGUUGUAAACUGGGGUGUUGUUACUAAGGGUGAAACUGAUGAGGAUAUGAAGUUGAAUGCAACAUAUAUCAUUAGUGUUGCUCGAAAGCUUGGGUGCUCCAUUUUCUUAUUGCCUGAGGAUAUAAUGGAGGUAAACCAGAAGAUGAUCCUCAUUCUAACAGCAAGCAUCAUGUACUGGGCACUGCACAAGGUCGGCGAGUCUGAAUCCAAUUUCUUAGCCGAUAUAUCCCCAGCACCUUCUACCGAUGAUCUUUCCAAAUUAUCUACCGAUGAUGCUGAUACUGUUGUAAAUGAGGAAACCUCAACAGAGGUUGAAAAAGACAACCAUCCCAAGUCCUGAUACAGAGAAUGACCAAGAACAGAUAUGCUUAUCUUUUUCUUUUUCUUUUUUUUCUUCCAAGAGGUCAAGAAAAUAUUGGUUGCAGUUGGUUUAUAUGUCAAUUGCUAACUUUUUUAUGCAAGAGGACAUGGUCAUUGUUGAUGAUCGGAUUCACCAUAGAGAAAAGUGUUUUUUUUUUUUUUUUUGUAAAUUUCCAUGGUGUAAUUAGGGUUUACUGUUAUUAGGCACAUUCUUUUUAUCAAUUACUACAUUGAUUCUGAUAAAUAAUGAAAUGGU